AUGUCGACAGACCUCUUGAAUUGGGCGUUACCACGCCUACAGAGACUUUUGCCUAUAGACGAUGAAUCACUUAGGGAAGUCAUUACCUACACAACCACUCUGUCCAAAGAACAAGGGGUAGAGCACCUUCGAAACAUGCUGGGCGACUCAGCUCAAAGCCUAGAGUUUAUCUCAGGUUUCAACUCACGGCGUCCUGAUGUGAUGCCUACAGGAACGAAAAUAGACACGUCCUCCAGGCCAGGAAGUCGAGAUGGUGUACCCAGGCACAAUAAGAGACCAGCCAAGCAGAAAGCACCUCUGCAUAACGCAGGUCCAGUGCGACGGCCGGAAGGUUACGGUGAUGUGGCAGGUGGUUACAACAAGCAGAGUGAUAGUGAAGAGCUACGAUCUCGAGGCUACAAGAAAGACAACUUGGCCCCGUCGCUGGCUCAUGGUCUUCCUAUGUCUCAGCAGCCUGACGCUCUGCAACUACCGAAAGUAAGUCAGGGUGGUCUGCAAACUCCCACCGUGGGCCGGUCCAGAGACCCAUCGCUAGGGACACCCAGUCUCCUACCACCAUCAGCCUCAGGGAAGAUGAUAUCAGAUCUCCCAAAUGUUCGGACGAAGCAAUCAAAGAAACCGGCACACUACAUCCCGUCAUCUCAGCCUCAUUCUGGCACAUCUACGCCAAGUGGCAAGCCCGUAACCACUACGACUUCGAGCGUGGCUGACUUAACAUCAGCUAUUGCGGCACUCGAGCUGUCUACCAAUCCUACUCUAUCAAGCGAACGAAGAAGGUGUGACUGCAACGCGUCAAUUCACCCACUAUUUACAACUGCACCAAAUUGCCUGAACUGUGGCAAAAUUAUAUGUGCAUUAGAAGGUUUGCAACCGUGUUCAUUCUGUGAUGCUCCUAUUCUCUCAAAAGAUCAGGUUAACGGCAUGAUCCGUGCCUUGAAGGAUGAACGAGGUGUCGAGAAGAUGGCCACACACAAUGCGUCUAUUUCGGCGUCAAGAUCAGGAGGUGGAACACCGAUGUUCAGCUCGCCCGAUGUCUCCGGAGACGAAUCUUCUUCGGCAGCAGCACGAGCCCGAGCUCACAGAGACAGGCUAUUAGCCUUUCAGCGUGAGAAUGCUCAGCGCACAAAGGUACACGAUGAGGCGUCGGACUACGAUAUGACGCUCACACACGGCGCAACGCAAUGGAUGACGCCAAUGCAAAGAGCUGCGGCAUUGAAGAAACAGCAACAAUAUUUGAGAGAGAUGGAGGAGGCGAACAGACCGGAAUGGGAGAAGAAAAGAACAGUAAUGAGCAUGAGUGUAAAGAACGGAAAACUCGUCAAAACAUUUGAGAAAGUGCAAGCGCCCAGCGCAAUGAAACCACAAGAGGAGGAGGCCGUCCUUGAUGAGGGACAGGAUAGAAACGACGAAAGACAGCAUCUGGGCGGCAGUGGCGCGUUCAGCAAGAAUCCAUUGCUCGCUAGUGGCAGUCUUAUCCGGCCACUAUGGAAGCCAAAGGAAGGCGAAGACGUCAAUGGCAAAGCUCCGAGAGAGCGGAAGAAUGUCUGGCGAAGAGUGCAAGAUGACAACGAAGACAACGAAAGCUGGAUCCUCGAUGGCGGACUCCGUGGUUAUGGUGUUGUUACGAGGUCGAUGGAGGACGGAGAACAAGAAGGUGGCUAG